AUGCUUUCGAGUUCACAGCAAGCUGAAAUAAGGCAAUAUUUUCGGCACGAUUGUCAAGAUGUUGAUGAAGCAACUAGAAAAAUUGAAAAAAGAAAACCAAAUUUCAUUCGAUUUGGCAGAACUGCACCACCAGCAAUGCACGGAAAAAAAGAUGUUGACCCGAAAUUUUUACAAUUUGGACAUUCAUCAAGUGCAUUUACACCUAGCGGACAAAAUUUUCUUCGAUUUGGAAGGGCAGCUGAACCAAAUUUUCUUCAUCUUGGUCGCGUAACAGACCCAAAUUUCUUAAGAUUUGGCAAAUCUGCUGAACCGAAUUUCCUUCGAUUCGGAAAACGCACUGAAGUGGGAGACCCAAAUUUUCUGCGAUUCGGAAAAAACAGCUCUUUCCAAUCCACUCCAGAGUAUAACGAAGGAUUCAGCCGUCAAGACCGAAAACCUAAUUUCCUACGCUUCGGUAAAUAA